AGAGAACUUACUACGCAGCUGCAGCUCCUCCGCCAUUCUGCCAGAGAGAGACCACUGAACCAGGAGUGCCAACACCGAACAACUGCUGAACAGAAGCCCCGUCGUUAGCGUCCCCUUUUUUUCUCUCUCCGUGAGAUACCCAACACCACGACGACAACAUGCGCGAGAUAGUGCACCUGCAGGCCGGCCAGUGCGGAAACCAGAUUGGAGCAAAGUUCUGGGAGGUGAUCAGCGACGAGCACGGCAUCGACCCCACUGGAUCUUAUCAUGGAGACAGCGACCUGCAGCUGGACAGAAUCAAUGUCUACUACAACGAGGCUUCAGGUGGGAAGUACGUGCCGAGGGCCAUCCUUGUGGAUCUGGAGCCAGGCACCAUGGACUCAGUGCGCUCUGGCCCCUUCGGACAGAUCUUCAGACCUGACAACUUUGUCUUUGGCCAGAGUGGAGCCGGUAACAACUGGGCAAAGGGUCACUACACAGAGGGUGCUGAGCUGGUGGACUCGGUGAUGGAUGUGGUGAGGAAGGAGGCUGAGAGCUGCGAUUGCCUUCAGGGUUUCCAGCUGACACACUCCCUGGGCGGAGGUACCGGCUCCGGUAUGGGGACCCUGCUCAUCAGCAAGAUCCGUGAGGAGUACCCCGACCGCAUCAUGAACACAUUCAGCGUGGUGCCAUCUCCUAAGGUGUCUGACACUGUCGUAGAACCGUACAAUGCCACCCUGUCUGUCCACCAGCUGGUAGAGAACACUGAUGAGACGUACUGCAUCGACAACGAGGCCCUGUAUGACAUCUGCUUCCGCACCCUUAAACUGACCACACCCACUUAUGGAGACCUCAACCACCUGGUCUCUGCCACCAUGAGCGGGGUGACCACAUGCUUGCGUUUCCCCGGCCAGCUCAACGCUGACCUCCGCAAACUGGCCGUCAACAUGGUGCCCUUCCCUCGUCUGCACUUCUUCAUGCCUGGCUUUGCCCCGCUCACCAGCAGAGGAAGCCAGCAGUACAGAGCUCUCUCUGUGCCCGAACUCACCCAGCAGAUGUUCGACGCCAAAAACAUGAUGGCCGCCUGCGACCCCCGUCAUGGCCGCUACCUGACAGUUGCCGCCAUCUUCCGCGGUCGCAUGUCCAUGAAGGAGGUGGAUGAGCAGAUGCUGAAUGUGCAGAACAAGAACAGCAGCUACUUCGUAGAAUGGAUCCCCAACAACGUGAAGACAGCCGUGUGCGACAUCCCUCCCCGCGGACUCAAGAUGUCUGCCACCUUCAUCGGAAACAGCACCGCCAUCCAGGAGCUGUUCAAGCGCAUCUCUGAGCAGUUCACCGCCAUGUUCCGCCGUAAGGCCUUCCUUCACUGGUACACCGGAGAGGGCAUGGAUGAGAUGGAGUUCACAGAGGCCGAGAGCAACAUGAACGACCUGGUGUCUGAGUACCAGCAGUACCAGGACGCCACGGCCGAAGAGGGAGAGUUUGAGGAGGAGGGGGAGGAGGAAGUGGCCUAAGGCUAAAAUCUCUCAUCAUUCCUCAUGCACUGCGUCAUAACUACAUCCAACCAUCCUUCCACCUAUCUGAAUCCUACUCUGCCUCUUGUUCUCUUUUUCUUUGUUACACUCUCCUCCCCUGCCUCGUCUCCUGUUCCUUCAUUCUGUUCUCUUCUCUCCUUUCCUUCCCUUUGCUCCGCCCAGAAUAGGAUUCACAACACUUAAUCUUCACUUCACACAUAUCAGGUAGCUAACACAGAUGUGCUUGUGUUUUUUUGUCAGUAGUGCUGUGUUUAUGUUAAACAUUAUGUUUCAUAAUUGGGCCAAGAAUUCAAUAAAGCUCACAAGGAUAUGAUCACUUGUCUAAUUUGGCAUUUACUCCAAUAAAUUUGUUGUUUCAAACUC